ACAAUGCUGGCGUUCCUCGUUCUUGUAGCUGUGGCUUUAGUGUCUGCUCACCAGUCUGGUGAGCACUUUGAAGGCGAGAAGGUGUUCCGUGUCAACGUUGAAGAUGAAAAUCAUAUCAACUUAAUCCAGGAGUUGGCCAGCAUCAACCAGAUUGACUUCUGGAAACCAGAUUCUGCUACGCAAAUCAAACCUCACAGCACAGUCGACUUUCGUGUUAAGGCAGAAGAUAUUUUCACGGUGGAGGACUUUCUGGAGCAGAAUGAGUUACAAUAUGAGGUGUUGAUCAACAACCUGAGAUCCGUGCUGGAGGCUCAGUUUGACAGCCACGUCCGUGCAGCUGGACACAGUUAUGAGAAGUACAACAACUGGGAAACGAUAGAGGCUUGGACCCAACAAGUCGCCACGGAUAAUCCAGACCUCAUCUCUCGCAGUGUCAUUGGAACCACAUUUCAAGGACGCAGUUUAUACCUCCUCAAGGUUGGCAAAGCUGGAAACAAGAAGCCCGCCAUUUUCAUAGACUGUGGUUUCCAUGCCAGGGAGUGGAUUUCCCCUGCAUUUUGCCAGUGGUUUGUGAGAGAGGCUGUUCGUACCUAUGGGAGUGAGGUCGACACGACAAACCUUCUCAAUAAGUUAGACUUUUAUGUCCUGCCCGUGUUCAAUAUUGAUGGCUACGUCUACAGCUGGACCACGAAUCGAAUGUGGAGAAAGACCCGCUCCACCAAUUCCGGAAGUGCCUGCAUUGGCACAGACCCCAACAGAAAUUUUGAUGCUGGUUGGUGCCAAAUCGGAGCUUCUCGAAGCCCUUGUGCUGAAACUUACUGCGGAUCUGCUGCAGAGUCUGAAAAAGAGACCAAGGCCCUGACUAAUUUCAUCCGCAAAAACCUCUCUUCCAUCAAGGCCUAUUUGACAAUUCACUCAUACUCCCAGCUUCUGCUCUACCCUUACUCCUAUGCUUACAAACUCCCCGAGAACAAUGAUGAGUUGAACGCCCUGGCUAAAGCCGCUGUGGCAGAACUUGCCACGCUGUACAACACCAAGUAUACAUAUGGCCCCGGAGCUACAGCAAUCUAUCCUGCUGCAGGGGGCUCUGAUGACUGGGCUUUUGACCAAGGAAUCAAAUAUUCCUUCACCUUUGAACUCCGGGAUACAGGCAGAUACGGCUUUGCGCUCCCAGAGUCCCAGAUCCAGCCAACCUGUAAGGAAACGUUGCUGGCCGUCAAGUACAUUGCCAACUACAUCCUGAAACAUCUGUACUAG